CAGAAUCCACCUGCUUAGCGUAAACAGCUAGAGUGCCGCUCGAAAACGAGUUUCCCGGCUGCUUUAUGUUAAGAUCAUCCCAAUUCGGUCUUUCGCAGUACAAUCUACUAUCAUCUCGUUUAAAUAGUAAAAGAAACUAGUUGUUGGUCGAGUCUUUGAAAUUAGGUUACAGUGAACAUGGAUUUCAGCGCUCUUCUCCAGCAGGCCCAGAAGCUCACCCAUGAGACGCAGGUUUCCGAUGAUCUGCCUCGGGUGGAGCGCACUUUAUCACAAGUUUUGCAAGCAACUCAAGAGCUACACUCUAGAGUCUCUCAAACCGGAGCACAAGACAUGCAGGCACACAUCUUGUUGGGACACAGAGGAAUAGAUUUGCCAAAAAUUUCGCAAAAACUGGAAACGUUGAGCUCAAGAAAAACUUUCGAACCACUGGAUCCAAUUUCUACUACUGAUAUCCAGAGUUUCCUGCGGAACGAGAAGGAGAACGCGAUACUCUCUGUUAUUGAGGAAGUACAUAAGAACUCGUACCAGGCGGCGCAAAACCAAAAAUGGGAACAUACCAUGAACGACUGGAAACUGGAGAAGGUUAAGUUGAUGAACGCUCUGAUUGGACCAUCCCAGAAUUGGAUCGACAUCCGUAAGGGCCCAGAACCGACUAUUUUGAAUGAGAGUACCUUCGGCGGCCGAUCGUCAAUGAAUAACCAGGAAGUUGCCUACGCUCGGGAAGUUUACGAGUACAAUAAACUGGUUAAUGAAGGAGCAAUGCGCCCAUCGCUGGUUCAGCGUUUUGCUUUGGUAGCUGAGAGCUUCAACGAUUCCAAGGUAAACGAUAUCUGGGAGAUCAUGAAGUAUAUCACGAAUGUGACUCCCAGUCCGAGAACGCAGGAUCCACUAAGGACACGCAGCACCCAGACGCAGUUUAUCGAACAAGCAAAGCGCUAUCUGGAGAAUCGCUAUAAGCUGUUUAUGGAAACAAUUAUUUCGGAACAUUUGAGAGAAGCCCAGCGCGGCGGCAUCCCGAGUAUUUUAAACCUAGUCGGUUCGUUCGUAGGACUAAAGUUCGCCAAUCAGAACAAUUCGAGCUUUAUUGGACUGCAGGAUGGCCACGUAGAUGGUAAACCGCUGUGGCCAAUGGUUUACUAUUGCUUACGAUGUGGCGACAUCGCUUCGGCCCUCAAAUGUAUGCAAAUGGCUGGACCGGGACACGAUGAUUUUAUCGCUGUUCUAGAGGAGAAAAAUCGAAAUCCAAGCCAGAAAAUCAAUCCGAAACUAGAGCUGCAGAUUCGUAUGCAGUACAAGAGACAGAUUAGAAAUGCAAUCGAUCCAUACAAGCGAGCCGUUUACUGCAUUAUCGGCUGCUGUGACAUCCAGGAGCAGCAUCCGGAAGUGGCCAACAGUUCAGACGACUUCCUGUGGAUUCAGCUAUCGCUCAUUCGCCCCGAGUCGGAUGACAACUCGGAACAUUUGACGUACUCCGGACUGCAGGCUAUGAUUCUCGAGCAGUACGGUGAGAAACACUUCAACGCCAAUGAACAGCCGCAUCUGUAUUAUCAGGUGCUGGCGUUGACUGGACAGUUUGAAGCCGGAAUCGAGUUCCUAUCUCGUUUCGAAAAGUUUCGUGCUCAUGCUGUGCACAUUGCUCUAGCUUUGAAUGAGCUGCACAUGAUUGGUGGGCCUAGAAAUUUGCAGCAACCGCUGUUAUCGGUAGACAUCGAAGAUCCACAACCGAUGCGUCGUCUUAACAUUGCCCGACUGAUCAUGCUCUACGUGAAAAAAUUCGAAAUCACCGAUCCGGCUGAAGCCUUGCAGUAUUUCUUCUUUUUACGCAACCUGAAGGACACCGAAGGGCGCAAUCUCUUCCUCGUGUGCGUGUCAGACUUAGCCAUUGAAUGUCGAGAUUUUGACUUGCAUUUUGGUAAAAUGCAGCGAGAUGGAAUCCGUUCUCGAGGAUUGAUUGAUCAGUUCGAGAGCAGCCAUAUCGAUGCAGCCAUGGCUUGUGAAUUAAUCGCGGAAGAGUUCGUUAAGAAAGGAAUGUUUGAGGAUGCUAUCAAGCUAUUCGACUUGGCAGGUAAUCACGAACAAGCUCUGCGCUAUACUUCGAUUAUCCUUUCGCAAGUUGUUCACCAGCCGAACAAGCCUGGUUCCUUGCGGGAGCGAAUGCAGCGCGUAGCGUUAGAAUUCACUGAAAGAUAUGUGGGAGCUGAAAAGCAUUGUGACCCGCAAACUUGGUCUUCAUUCGCUUUGUUGAAAGAGCUGGUAAUUUUCUUUGAUCAUUUUCACAAUAAAAAUUACCAACCAGCCUUGGAGGUACUAGAACGGAUCAAGCUGGUUCCGUUAAGAAUGUCCGAUUUGGAAACUUGCGUCCACAACUUCAAACGUCUUGGCGGCGUUGUGUGCAAAGUAAUCCCUGAUUUGCUGCUUGCCACAAUGGAUAUUGCUUACAACAAGUACAAAACUUUGAAGGGUAAAGAUGUUGCCAAAUUUGACGACGCCGGAAAGGAGAAGCAACUGACUUAUCUUCGCGAGCAAGCGAAGGCUCUGACCAACAUGGCAGCGACCGUUCCAUAUCGAAUGCCGGGCGAUACUAACAAUCGGCUAGUUCAAACGGAAAUUCUCAUGCACUAGUUUAGAGUCCUUCAAAUGCUGAUGUUUUUUUGAAUUAUUAAAUUAGAACAAAUCGUUCAAGCGAAACGUA